AGAGGUCAGAGCCAGAGAACCCUGAGCGGUUGCCCCAGAGAGGACUGCGCAGGGAAAUGAAUUCUUACCUGGAGUACACACCAUGUGGGGAUGUUGUAGCCUUCUCACCCAAGUUCUGCCGCAACGACCAGAGAAGUGUUUCCAUGCAAUCUUACCCUGGGACUGGAGCUGACAAUCAGUUUGUGGGGAGUUUACCCAUUGGCAUCCAUGCGACCUCUGCUCACCCACCUCCUCAUCAGUCCCCAGCGCUGUAUGCUCCCUGCAGCCUGGACGUUCCCUAUGAACCUGCUGCACCUGCCGAAUAUAACUACCUACCUGUCAGCUCUGAGUAUGACUAUCCCUAUGGAUCUAUCCACCCCAUGGAGGACACAGGAGGGCACACACAGUAUACCAGCUCUGUUUUCUCAGGGAACGGACCUUUUUUACUCAAUGGCCAGUUAACUUACAAGACUCUAGGAGCAGACACUCAAGUGGCCUCACGUAAGGAGCAGCUGGAAUUAUACUCUGGAAACUUUCAGAACUUCUCUCCUUCUCCUGGUUCCUAUCCCAAACCCAACUCCCCGGUCUCUGAGACCCAUGCCACCCUCAACACAUUUGAUUGGAUGAAAGUUAAACGAAAUGCACCAAGAAAAACCGUCCCAUCUGACUGUGGGGUUUCCAGUUCUCCCAGCACAAUGAGGACAAACUUCACAACCAAACAACUCACAGAACUGGAAAAAGAAUUUCAUUUUAACAAGUACCUGACCCGGGCCAGGCGCCUAGAGAUCGCAAGUUCCCUUCAGCUGAAUGACACUCAGGUCAAGAUCUGGUUCCAAAACAGGAGGAUGAAGCAGAAAAAAAGGGAACGGGAGGGGGGUCAGCCCAGUCCCCCAAAUCCAGGACCAGCAUCAAAUGUCUGCACAGACCGGCUGCAGAAGCCUGUAAAUAAAACGGAGCCCCUCUCCCCUUCCAUUGAGGUCACAUCAUAGAGACACCUAUAAUUCUCAUUACAGAACCAUGCUGGAG